GUGCUACGUCAUCACGCAUCAGCUACAACCCGGAAGUAAACACCCAGCUGUUGUCUUUAAGCUAGUUUUUAUCAGCACAUGUAGCAUUGCCAGAUAUAAUGAAACAGCGGGGAAUAAAGCGGUGUUUUAUCAUGCUGUGUCCGGAGUAGAGACUGAGUCGACAGAGGCGUCAGGAGAUUUCAUUCUCCUUCACUUUCCUCUGGUCCGAGAGCUGAAACAAGGUGUGAAUGAGUGACGUGGUGCCUCCCUCAGCUCUCAGUGAAGUCCAGCUACGCUUCCUCUGCCACGAUGACAUAGAGAAUGUCAAGCUGCUCUGUGGGGACUGGUUCCCAAUCGAGUACCCAGACUCAUGGUAUCAGGACAUCACCUCCAACAAGAAGUUCUUCUCCCUCGCUGCCACCUUCAGGGGAGGCAUCGUGGGAAUGAUAGUGGCUGAGAUCAAAGGCCGGACCAAAGUGCACAAAGAGGAUGGAGAUAUCCUGGCCUCCAGCUUCCCGGUGGAAACACAGGUAGCCUACAUCCUCAGCCUGGGAGUGGUCAAAGACUUCAGGAAACAUGGCAUAGGCUCCCUGCUGCUGGACAGUUUGAAGGAGCACAUCUCCACCACAGCGCAGGACCACUGUAAGGCCAUCUACCUGCACGUCCUCACCACCAACACCACUGCCAUCCACUUCUACGAGAACAGGGACUUCAGGCAGCACCACUACCUGCCGUACUACUACUCCAUCCGGGGCGUGCUCAAAGAUGGGUUCACGUACGUGCUCUACAUCAACGGGGGGCACCCCCCCUGGACCAUAUUUGACUACAUCCAGCACAUCGGCUCCACCCUGGCCAGCCUGAGCCCCUGCUCCCUCCCCCAGAGGCUGUACCGGCAGGCCCAGUCGCUGCUGCGCUCGCUGCUGCCCUGGUCCAACAUCGCCUCCAAGACCGGCAUACAGUACAGCAGAACCAUGUGACCCUACAGGGUGGGAGCUCACCAGUCUUCCCCCGAACACACCGAGAUGUACAAGCACACUCACACCCUCGAAUAUACCAGAUUAAUAUUCCAGAUUGAAAACACGUUCGUCUGUCGUUCACAACACACAGGGUCUGCAGCUGCGAACGGGGGGGGGGGGGG